CGGGGCGGGGGGCUGGGAGGAAGUCAGGCUGCGAGGUUGGAUUGGCUGUGAGUGCGAGUGUGCCGCCCGGGCCAGGUGCCCAGGCCGCAUCGGGGGAGAUGGGAACUGCCCUCGAGCCCUGAGCCAGGCGCCGGCCGGGGCCUUGGCCGGGCUGCUGGGGGCGGGCGAGCACGGCGAUGCCGGGCCGCUGUGCGGGGCCCAGCCGGCCGGGGCGCAGAGCCCGGCGGCCCAGGGGGAAGAAAUGGCCUGGGGUGGCCCGGGUGCGAGGAGGAAGGCGCCGGGCGAGGGCCUCGGUGUGGGGGGCCCGCUGUGUGAGUGCGGAGGAGCCGCAGGGUUGUCGGCGGCCGUCUGGGGGCAGAGGAGCGGCGGAGACAGGCGAGGGCCCUGGGGCGAACGAGGCUUCCAGGACCCCGGGCACUGCGGGCUCCACUGAGGCCGCAGAGGCCCCCGGGGCCGUGCUGGUGAACGGGGCGGCGGGGCAGCCCCAGCUGGUGGGGCCUGCCGGGGCUGUGUGGGUGACGGGCACCGGGGACGAGGAGCAGCCAGCCCACCGGAGCCCGCGGGGCAGUGAGAGGAAGGGCCGCCCGGGAUCGACGGGGCACGAGAGCAUCCUGGAGCUGUGGCUGAGGGUGCAGGCCAGGAGGGCAGCCUCGGGAUGUGGGGAAGGAAGCCGCGUGGAGCUCCACCCUGUGCCUGCAGGACUAGGGCCGGUGGAAAGGGGUGUGCCUGGCCGAGCUUCGUGGGUAGAGACCAGCCGCCGUGGUCUCACCGGACCGUGGGUGGAAGGACAGGUUAGGGCAGGGCCCCAGGCCUCAGGAGGACCCACAGCUGCUGGCCUAGGAGCAGGAUGUGAGAGGCCCUCGGGCUUGCGUGGGCUGGGGCAGGCCGUGAGGUUGUCUCCUGCGGGUGUGCCGGGGGCUGUGGAGACAAGCUCUGGGGUUGCCCCACACCCGCUGGGGAGAGGACAGGCUAUGGGGGUGCCUGGAACUGUGGAGGAGAUAAGCUGUGAGGUUGCCCCAGGCCCUUGGGGAAAAGGACAGGUUAUGGGGGUGCCUGGGGCCGUGGGGUGGGCUGAGGCUGUAGAGGGAGAGGUAGGCCGUGGGGUUACUCCGGGUCUGUGGGGGAGAGGGCAGCCAGGACCGGUGCCCGGCGCUCUGGUACAGGAGGCAGUCUCUGGGGAUACCUUCUGGGGGCGGGGACAGGCUGUGGGGGUACCCAGAGCUGUGGAGGAAACUCCCCCUGUGGGUGCUCCUGGCGUGUGGCAGAGGAGACAAGCCCUGGAGGAGGCAGGCCCUGGGGGUGUUCCUGACCUGUGGGUGUCCAGACAGCCUGUAGGUGUGCCUUGUGCUGCUGAAGAGGAAGCCAGAUGUGGCGGAGACCCGGGAUUCAGGGAGAGGGGACAGGCCCUGUGGGUAGAGACGGGCUCUGCAGGUGGCCCAGGGUCCUGGGAAGUAGCCCAGACGGUGGGGGUGUCUGGUCCUGAGGGGCAGGAGGCAGGCCCCAGGGCAGCACCAGGCCUUUGGCGGGUAGGACAGGCCCCAGGAGGACCUCGGGCUUUGGGGAAGGAGGCAGGCUGUGGGGCAGUGCCAGGCCUGUGGGGAACAUACCAGCCUGUGGGUGUGUCCCAGGCUGGGGUGGUGCCAGGGGCCAUAGGGGAACAGACACGUUACGGGGGCAUCCCAGGCCUGUGGGACAGGCCGCAGGCGCUGGGGGUGCCCCUGGCUGAUGCCGUGCCAGGGGCGGUCGGGGAGGAGACAUGCUGUGAUGAUGUUCCGAGUCUAUGGGAAAGGAGGCAGCCUGCGGGGGAGCAGGAGGCUCUGGUGCCCACAGCUUUAGGGGUACCUGGCUGUGUGGACCAGGAGGCCGGCUACAGAGACGCUUUGUGUCUGUGCAGGAGGCAGGCUGCGGGCUUGUCUGAGAUGGUGGGGGUGUCCGAGGCCUCGGGCGUGCCCAGGCACAGGUGUGCCCCCACGGGGGCCCCCGCAGCUCCCGGAGUGCCUGGACCUGCGAGGGUGCCUGCCGCUGUGUGGGUGUCGGGCCCUGUGUGUCCGGAGGUCAGCGCUAGAGAUGUCUUGAACCUGUGGGGAGGCGCCCACACUGCCGGGACACCCCUGGCUUCUGGGGUCCCUGUGGCUUCUGAGGACCUGGCGGCUGCGAGGGAGGAUGCUGGGUCCGCGGCUUUCCCCAGGUUGUGGGGAAGGGGACCGGUGGCUGACAAGGUUGCUGUAGCUCCUGAGGUGCCUGGGCUUGCAGGGGGAGAGACUGGCUCUGGGGGUGUCCCAAGAUCUUGGGGAAGGGGACAGAGUGCCAGGGUUCCUGUGUCUGUUGAGGUGCCCGCUGCUCCCAGGGUGCCCUGUCCUCUGGGCGUGGAGACUGGCUCUGGAGGCUUCUCACCCUUGCCGGGAAGGAGACAGACGGCGGGGGUACCUGUGACUGUGGGGUUACCUGGGCCUGUGGAGGAGGAGACCCUCCCUGGGGGCCUCUUGGGCUUACCGGGAAGAAGACAGACAGCGGAUAUGCCCGUGGCUACUAAGGUCUCCAUGGCUGUGGGCGUGCCCACAGCUGCUGGCGCUUCGGGGCUGGUGGUGGGUGACACUGGCGCUGGGGAUGUCACCGGUGCCUGGGGAAGGAGGCUGGCACUGGAGAGGCCCGCUGCCGCCCGGGCAUCGGGACCUGUGGGCAGGGAGACUGGCUGCGAAGGUGUGCCAGGCCUGUGGAGGAGGCCCACGGCAGUGGUCCCCGAGGCUGUGAGGGUGCCUCUGUCUUUGGGGGUGCUUGCGGGCGUAGGCGUUCCCGUGGCGGGGCACGUGCCUGCUGCCGUGUGGGUGUCUGGGUCUGCAGGAGAAGAAGCCACUGCUGCUGGCUCCGGCCUCACCGUGGGGACCAGACAGUCUGCACAGGGACCUGGGGCUUCAGGGGAGGAGAUGGGAGGUGGCAGCAUCCUGGGGCUGGCAGGGGGGAGCCAGGCAGCGGGGGUGUCUUACACCCAUGGGCGUGGGACCAGGUCGUGGAGCUGCCCAGGGUCUGUGGGGGGAGAGGCAGACUGUGAGGAUGUGCCGGGAGUGUCGGGGACAAGAACGACUGGGGAGGUGAAUGAAGCUGUGGACGUGUCCUGGGUUUCAAGGGAGGACGUGGGCAUUGGCCGCUCCCGAGAUCACCCACCGCAGAGGGGGAGGAGACAGACUGGAGGAGUGUCUGGAAUGAGAGUGAGGGGGGACACUUGGGGAGAAAAUUGUGUGGGGGAGGACAGAUUGAGGGGAGCAUUCCUGUAAAAGUAGGGAACAAGUUGAGGGGUCCUGGGACUCUUUGGGAGGGAACAGUGUGGGGGAGAUUUGUCCUGGGUUGUGGAUGAAGUUACAGGAUGUAGAGGUGUCUCAGGAUGGGGGAGGGAGGAGAUACUGUGUGGAGAAGUCCCACAGUAUGUGGGGUAACAAAUUGGGAGAUUUCCUGGAGCAAUUGGAAAGGGACAGAUUGCAAGGAGAAAGGGGUCCCAGGACUUUGUACAGGGGAACAGUGUGUGCAUGUGUGUGUGUGUGUGUGUGUGUGUGUGUGUGAUCACUCGAGGUAUCGGGGAACUGUGGGCAUCACCUAGCUUUUUCCUGGUAGAGAAAGGAUUAUUAGGCCUGAUGCAUCUCGGGGGAAGGUGUAGACCACAUAAAAGUUGCAGUCACCCUGGCCCCAAUUCUCAGACUCCUUCAUUGUGUGGCUCCAGCCCCUGAACUGUGGUGAUACCAAGCCAGUUGGGAUUCCUCGUCCAUGUACCUCCUCCCAUCUUCGUUUUGUAUCUUGUCUCUACAGCCUUAGAAAUAAGGAAUCUUGGACAGCUGCCUUUAUGUUCCUUCACAUGUAUCUGUCUUUAAGCAAGUCCAGUCUACAAAUGUUGGGUUUAUUCAGAAGCUUAAAUUAGGGAUUUUUUUUUUUUUUUAACCUGCAUUUCCUAGUUGAUUUACUAUGGGAUUCUUUGAGAGAACAAAUUCUCCAUUUAACACUAGUCUGUUUAUGGAAAAUCAGCUUAAUUCAACUAAUGUUGAGUUAAAUUGUCUACUAUGCUCAAAGCACUUAUUGUGGGAAAUAUCA